CCAGAGUCCUCUGCAGGAAAGGGACCAAGAGCUGGGCUCGUUUGGCUUCUGGGCUCACCUGAUACCUGUAAAUCACCAAUCAUGAAGAUCCUGUACCUGCUCUUUUCCCUCCUCUUCUUGGCACUCCAGGUUUCUCCAGGUUUGUCUUCCCCCCGUCGGGACAUGUUGUUCUGUAGAAAAGGCUCCUGUCACUUUGGGAGAUGUCCCAUCCAUCUGAUUAAAGUUGGACGUUGCUUUGGGUUCCGUUCCUGCUGCAAAGCGCCAUGGGAUCUCUAAAACCUGAGGGAAUGUCCAUUCAAAGAGUGAUGAAAAUUUCUCCUAAACCCAGGAAUUUGCUUUGAAUCCCC